UUCCAUACGUGAGCAUCGUGUCGGCCAUAUUUGCGCGCGUCUUUUGACAUUAAAUUUCGGCGGGAAAUGCCCACGCAAAUCACCGUUCAGAAACGCGAAUGAAGAACUCUGUGGAUCGGGACAGUUCGAAAUCUAAAUUGUGGCACAACGUGACCUCCUGUAUGGAGAAAUGGUUCGGUGAUAAGCGUCUGUGGUUAUUUGGCAACAACCUGCCGCUCCUACCGAGAAGAUCCCGCGCAAGCAGCCGCGCCAUGGAGCGCUACGAGAAACUGGCCAAGCUUGGCGAGGGCUCGUACGGCCUCGUGUACAAGUGCCGAAACAGGGACACUGGGGAAAUCGUCGCCGUCAAGAAGUUCGUAGAGAACGAAGACGACCCCCUGAUAAGGAAGAUCGCGCUCCGGGAGAUCAGGAUGCUGAAGAACCUGAAGCAUCCAAACCUGGUGAACCUGAUCGAAGUGUUUCGGCGCAAGCGCAAGCUGCACUUGGUCUUCGAGUACUGCGACCACACCGUGCUACAUGAAUUGGAGAAGUAUCCAGCUGGCUGCCCCGAGCUCCUCUCGAAGCAGAUCAUCUGGCAGACCCUGCAGGGCGUCGCGUACUGUCACCGGCACAACUGCAUCCACCGGGACGUGAAGCCCGAGAACAUCCUGUUGACAGGCGACGGCGUGGUCAAGCUGUGCGACUUCGGCUUCGCGAGGAUGAUUA